GCCGCCUAUUAAAGGAUUAAGCGCGCCACAAUGGUAAACAAUCCCUCCGGCUUCUUUUCCCUUGCAAUCACCCUUUGCGUCCUGCUGGAAGAAGGCCUGGGGCUUCCCCCGGCAGAGUCCCACCUGGCAGAGGCCAAUGGCAGGCACCUUAGGGCAAAGCGCUGCUCCUGCACCAACUGGAUGGACAAAGAGUGCAUUUACUUCUGUCACCUCGAUAUUAUCUGGAUCAAUACGCCUGGCCACUCCACGCCCUAUGGCCUGGGAAAUAUACAAAAGCGUCAGACAAGAUCACUCAGGAGGUGUGAAUGCUCGCAUUCAAAGGACAGUGUCUGUGCAACCUUCUGCCAUGGGAAACCUUGGGAUCUCAGAAACCCAUGGCUGCCAACGAACACAGGGCUGCUGGCAAAACUUCUCCAGAGCCGUAGUGCCAAGCCCCGCAAGCUGAACUUCUGAAAGUUCUCAGGGGAUUUUGCUUUUUCAAAUGCCUUGUUUGCCAGGAAGCAGCACACCUCUCCAGGGAUUCCACAACUACCAGCACUUGCAUGGGGA